CAGUUCAUAAGAAUUGGAGCCCAGGACACCACUGUAUCAGCCUGCCACUAGGUCUAAAGGUGAAGAAUCAAGUCUUUUCUCUUCUUGGGAGUUGUUGGCUAUUUUAGGGGCCUCCUCUUCUCUCUGUUAGCUGGUUCAGGUUGAGGGACCUCAACUGCAGGAAGCCACAGUGUCACCUUCUUGGUGUGAGUCCAUGGGACAGUGUGACUGCCUUGAGAGCUGGGCCCAUGCUGCCUACACCUUAGCUGAAAGCAGGGCAGUCCUGUGGCUUAGUUCACACGCCUGCCACCCCUCACACCCUCUUGCCUGGCUUUUUUUUUUUUAAUUUAUUUUUUUUGUGAGGAAGAUCAGCCCUGAGCUAACAUCUGUGCUAAUCCGCCUCUUUUUGCUGAGGAAGACCGGCUCUGAGCUAACAUCUAUUGCCAAAUCCUCCUCCUUUUUUUUUUUCCCCAAAGCCCCAUUAGACAGUUGUAUGUCAUAGUUGCACAUCCUUCUAGUUGCUGAAUGGGGGACGCGGCCUCAGCAUGGCCAGACAAGCGGUGCGUCGGUGCGCGCCCGGGGUCCGAACCCGGGCCGCCAGUAGCGGAGCGCAUGCACUUAACCGCUAAGCCACGGGGCCAGCCCUUGCCUGGCUUUUAAGAGCAGCUGCUCAGGGGCCUAGGCAUUCGCCAUGCGUGAAACCAGAGUUGGCUUCUGAGUUUAUCAAGUACGCGUGGAAAUCUCAAAAUAAACUCAUGCUUUCUAGACCAUGAGUUCUUGCUUCCUCUUUUCUCCUCUGGACUUUCCCCAGAGGAAGAGAAAGCAGAAGUCUCAGGCCUGGGGACAGCUGAGAACUAUCGCCCAAUUCAAGGUGUGGAGUGUGGGGACUCUGGAGCGAAGGCCUGGUCUUACCUUCCCAAUGGGAGGAUUAGCCCCUCACAGUUCACCAUCUGGGGAAGAACUUUCCUGUAGAAGUGAGAGCCUUUAGGACUUCCUCCCAGCUGGCCUAAGAGGAGUGUGUUUGCUUCUUGGAGAUUGUGAUUUUGCCUCAUUAUGUUAGAACUGAGGGCCUGGCAUUUGUGUGACCUAGCCUGGAUUUGGAUUCCUGUCCCUUCUUUUCUGGGAGGGUAACUCUUUAACCUUUGGUCCUGUGAGGGGGGACUAAUUCCAGGGCCCUGAGCCUUGGCAUCCAGCCGCAGCAUAGGAGGCCCCUCUUUAGGGCCAGCUCUGGGCCCAAGCUGGCUGGACUGUGUGCUGCCAGGUGUUGGGUGGGGCCUCACUCUCUGUCCAUAAUCAGAGAUCAGGCCCACCCAGCCACUGAGGCCUCAUGGGGCGGUGCCCAGGCUGAUAGCAGGGCAACUGAAACAGAAAGCAUCCAUCCCUCGGGCCAAGAGCAAGGUCAGUGUUAAGCCGGUAUGCAGGGCACACCCCAGCUGGCAGGGAUGUGUGACUUCCGCUUCUUCUAGGAGUGCUUGAGCAGAAUGGCUGUCGGAUGGUUUUACCUGUCCUGCCUGGUGCUGGGGUCCCUGGGCUCCAUGUGCAUCCUCUUCACCAUUUACUGGAUGCAGUACUGGCGCGGUGGCUUUGCCUGGGAUGGCAGUACGUACAUGUUCAACUGGCACCCGGUGCUCAUGGUUACUGGCAUGGUGGUGGUCUACAGUGCUGCGUCACUGGUGUACCGUUUGCCCCAGUCGUGGGUGGGACCCAAGCUGCCCUGGAAACUCCUCCAUGCAGCCCUGCACCUGAUGGCCUUCAUCCUGACCGUGCUGGGACUGGUUGCUGUCUUUAAAUUUCACAACCAUAACAAAAUCGCCAACCUCUACUCGCUGCACAGCUGGCUGGGUAUCACCGCCGUCUUCCUCUUCGCCUGCCAGUGGUUCCUGGGCUUUGCCGUCUUCCUGCUGCCCUGGGCGCCCGUGUGGCUGCGCAGCCUCCUUAAACCCAUCCACGUCUUCUUUGGAUCCUCCAUCCUCUCUCUGGCCAUUACGUCUGUUAUUUCCGGCAUUAACGAGAAGCUUUUCUUCAGUUUGAAAAAUGGCACCAACCAGUACUCCCACCUGCCCAGUGAGGCCAUCUUUGCCAACAGCACUGGGGUGCUCGUGGUGGUCUUCGGGCUGCUGGUGCUCUAUAUCCUUCUGGCUUCAUCUUGGAAGCGCCCAGAGCCGGGGAUGCUGACUGACAGACAGCUGCCGCUACAGCUGAGGCCUGGAUCCCGGCCUUUCCCUGUGACUUACAAGCCUGUCGCUGUCAGGCAGCCCUGCGAACCCUGGUAACCUGCUCUCCCAAGAACAGACCUGUCCCCAGCUGGCCCAUUCGGGAUGCGUAGCAGGGGUGCCUCAGACUUCUGUACGUCUCCUUGCUGGAAGGUUCAACCUUGCUCUCUUGGCAGGGCCCUAACCCAGCUCAUUUUCACUCUCCAGCUCACCACGAAACAUGCCUAGUUCUGGUGCGUUGUGCCCAGCAGAGCCCUGGGUACCACGGCCACCUUCAGAGGUGUUCCUUGCUCAGAAUCAAAGUGCCUCACCUGCUCCCACCGUGGCGGCUUGCCUGGCCAAACCCAGUGUUGUGUGUUAUGCCAGAGUGUGAGCUGUUGGCUCUUCCCCAGAGGAGAAACUGGGGUGGGGAGGGAGGCAUGUUGCUCCUCUCCUAAAUGUUGGCACUGUGGCUUUUCCUGCUCUCUCCAGACAAGUGCUGCCAGGUCCCAGGCUCCAUGCUGCUGUGCAUGGAUGACAAGUAGCAUGGCACCUGGGGUCCCGAGCGCGCUUACUCUUAGUAGGUGGCGAUGAGGCUGACUGUCCACCCCAACCCACGUGGCCAGAUGUCGGCAGGAGGGCUAUGAUUGAGCUUCCGGAGUGGAUGAAGUCUUCAAAGCCAUUGGGAUGACUGCCAGGCACCUUGGUCACACGACCAGCUCCCCCGCUUUCCAUAUGGGUGGGCAUUUUGCUUGUUUAUGAAGCCUGAUUUUCAUUAAACAUGUUUUAAGAAUCAAAGCCUUCUCUGCUGAAAUGUC